AUGGCCCACCAAACGACGCUGGACGAGUGGGCGAAGGAUCCAGUGGUGGAUCCGGAAGUCCGAGCACAUGUUUACAGUCUCAUCACUGCUCUAGGUGGUACUGGUGAUGACGGAACAUAUGCGCUGGGAGACGACGCCCUACUCUGUUUGAAGGAUCUUCGAAGAUGGCUGAAGUUUGUGGACGCAAAGCUAAACCGCCACGAUGUCGCCCGCUCCAUGGCAGAGGCGAAUCUCGUCAAGGGAGAUUUGCUGGAGAUCCUGGCGAAGGUGUCUGAGAAGUUGAUACAUGACAAGCUCAAGUACAAGAUCGCGCUUGCUUGCUUGGAACUUCUUGUACAUCUAACCUGGCCCUUCGAAAUUGAUCCCGACCAAGCAACAGCCGAUCACUAUCGACAUGGACCUUACCUGCAGCUGGCGCAGAUUGGUUAUAAGCGUGCGAUCCUUCAAUUCGACCGAGCUCGCAUUCUCCAAACCGCGGUUCGCAUUGCCCUUCCUUCCAUGACCGUCCCUUUGCGCGAGCGAUCUCCAAGGGAUGAAGGCAUCAUCCGCAUUGCAUUGUACUUCAUUCGCAACAUUGCCAUGCUGUCGCCACCGAACAAUGUCCCUACCGAUAUUGACGAGGCCGAGAUUUCAAGGUCAACCACGAUUGACACGUUCCAUGAACAAGAUAUAUUCCAGGUUCUCCUAACCGUAGCCUCAAACAUUGGAGAAGACUUUGUGGAGCAAGAUGUGGCCAUUCUCGAGAUACUUUUCUAUUUGCUCAAGGGUGUCGAGGUUGAAAAGCUUUUCAUGACUGAGAAGGAUCUCACCUCCAAGAACACGGACGAGCUGAAGAAUCUGAUACAGAAAGAGAAAUCUAUGCUCGCCGGAUAUGCUCGACAUGCGCCUACGAGACAUAACAGAUUCGGAACCAUGGUCUGGGUAAAGCGGGACGAUGACAAAGUGUCCACCCUCUCGGGGCAGGACUUCCUCGGAAAGACUCAGAGGACUAUGCAGAAGAUGGAUACGACGAAGAAGUGGAAUAAGCCAAAGUGGCGCGGACGGAAGAAGGACAAUGAUCACGAAAGGGAUGAAUUCGAUCUCCCGGUGGCCCUUACCUCUUCCGCGCGGAAACAUCUGACGGAUUUUGUGGAAGAAUUCCUGGAUUCCUCCUUCAAUCCGCUUUUCAUGCAUCUUAGAAAGGCUAUCGAGCGAGAGGCCGAACGGGUGGAGACGCGGCAUUCCCGCCAAUACUUCUAUCUCGUGUCCUGGUUUCUGCGAGCUGAAUGCGCAAGGCGGCGCAUGAUCAAGGAGAGGGCAGCGGACCCAAGAAGCGCGGAGGUGCUCACCGCCGAGGAUGAGAGCUAUGGUCUUGUCGCCGAGGUCAUGAACCAGGAGACCUUCAUCCUUCUCAACAGGUACAUGCAACGAAGCCAGGAUGAAAAGGCAUGGCAAGAUCUCAACGCCGGUAUGAAGUGCUUUACACAGAUCCUCCUGACAGUUCAGGAGAUGUCGGAGUCGGCACUGGAAGAGGAUCAAGAGAUUGCGGAGAACAUACAGAACCGCAUAUUCUAUGAAGAAUCGACGCAUGACCGAAUCGUUCAUAUCCUGCGAGAUUACAAACACCAAGGCUUCGGUUACUUAGACGCCUGCACGGAACUCUCGCAUGUCUUCCUGCGGAUGCUCGAACGGUACGCCAAACAGAAUGUGGAUCUGCAGGUACGCUCCAGGAGGCGGGCGCGCAAGAUUCGUAAGAAGCAAGCCCAGGCACAGGGUGUCGACGACGGCGGAAAGGCACACGUGUCGGAGACGGAGGACAUCGCGGCCGCGCAACGGACCACCUCCGAGAGAAAAUUUGAUUUUGCCCGCUUCGCGGCAAAGUUUGUCAACCAGAGCAGUGUCAAUACAUUCAUCUCCUUUCUGAGAUACUACAGGGACCUCGACACGGAACAACUGAAACGUGCACACCGAUUUUUCUAUCGCGUCACGUUCAAGAUGGAGCUUGGAGUUCUGCUGUACAGGGUGGACAUCCUCCAGAUUUUUUACAAAAUGAUCAAGGGCCCCGAAGGACUGGAUAGUGAAGCCGCAAAUUUCAAAGAAUGGGAAGAAUUCAUACGACACUUCUUCCGAACCGUUGUCAAACGCGUCCAGGACAGGCCGGAGCUCAUCGUUGAGAUGCUGUUCAGCAAGAUCCCGGCCACGCUCUUCUUCCUGGAGCAUGGAUACGACAGGGUGAUGCCAACUCGAGCCCCACGUGCCCCAGCAGAAGUGGAGGUCAAGCCUGGGAUGGAGAAACCGGAACAGAUCGGUGUAGCCGUUGGCGUGUUGGUCAAUCAGAAUAAGUCGGAUGCGAUUCAGUGGGUUCGAGAUGUACUGUCUUCGGCAUUGGAAGAGCGAAAAGCUUGGGAAGCAAUGGAAGAGGCGCGGAAGCAAGCAGCGGCUGCGGCACUUGAGGGAGGAGAGGCAGACCCGUCAGACGUGAGGGAAGGGGAGCAGGAGGCGGAAACUGUCAAGCCGCCCUCAAUCCUGGUCAAGGCGGAUAACGAAGACCGUCAGAAAGCGAUGUUCAAAGACAACAAGCUAAGGCUAUUGAUGACACUUGUUGGGUUCAGUCGGCUCGGCGCAGAUGAUGACCCAGACGCGACCUGGGUCAUUCCUUCCUCCCUUACAGCUGCAGAGCUAUCGGAAGCCAUCGACCUGAUUCGCAAGUUCGAGUUUGAUCCUCCAGUGUACGAAGAUGGAAAGACGGCGCAAGAUUUCAUUCGCUACAAAACUACUGCGACACGUCGCUCAACCCGCAAGGCGGAAUUUGACGACGACUCGGAUGGCAUAGACGAUGACUCGGAGGAAGACAGGGGAGAGUAUGCUCCAGAUCGACUGAGCUUACGGAAGUCAGAGGGAAAGAAGACACUCAAGCGAAGGCGGCGGGCCGGAACUCCUCGAGAGUUGGACGAUGAAGAGAAGGACCGCCGAGCCAAGCAACGCCGUCAAAAGGAGCUUGAGAAGCAGAGGAAGAUAAAGAGUACUAUAUUCGUCCACGAUUCGGACGACGAAGACGACGAAGAACGUGACAAGGAGUUCUUCGCGCGAGAGCAAGCGCUCCGUGAAAGAACAUUGGCUCAAUUCAAGCAAUCGCUCGCGCUGGACAGUACGGAACCGGCUUCGUCACGAAAGAGGAAAGGCGACGCACAAGCAGAGAACGGUGCUAAGAGGCGCAAGACACCACCGAAACGCAGGGCAGGGCCUUUUGAUACGGAUGAAAGCGAUGACGAGGGUGCGAGUGAUAACGACGUUGUCAGUAUUAGUAGUAGAGCAACAUCCCAGGAGGCUGAGGAUGUGUUGGACACGAGUAGCGAAAAGGAGGCUUCCGAUACUCCAUUGUCUUCUCAACAUGCGCCCACUGGAGACAACCAUGGCGGUAGGGACGGGUCGAAAAUAACUCCGGCAGGCGACAUGGACUCGGUUAUGGUGGACGUGGACGAUGAGGAUGAAGAUGCCGGGCCAACCGUUCGUAGGGCUCCGACCAGGACUACAAGGGGUGGGUUUAUUAUUGACGACAGUGACUCCGAGUAA